AUGGCUCAUCUGGAGAAGCUUCCAUGGGAGUUGAUUGAAGAGAUACUCUCUCGUGUCCCACCUAAAUCUCUUGUUCGGUUCAGAACCGUAUCCAAACGAUGGAACGCUCUUUUCGACGACAAGGCGUUCAUGAACAACCACAAGAUGACGUUUAGGUUCAUCCUAGCAACUGAAUCCAAGAUUUAUUCGGUAAGCAUUGAUCCCGUGAUAGUGGUACGUGAGUUAAACUUAGGUACUCCCGGUUUAAAAUAUUUAAAACUUGGAAACUUGGUUGAUUCCAAUGAGCUGUUGCUAUGUGGCAAGCAGAGAGGAGCUGUUGCAUGGAACCCAUGGUUGGGGCAAAGUAGAUGGAUCAAGCCGAGUUUAAUUAAAGGUUCUUAUAUGGAAUUCGUCGGCAUAGUAUACAACAAUAAGAAAUACAUGAUGGUUGCUUUUUCCUAUGGGAAGGAAGAUGGUCACUUUGACUUGUGGAAAAUUUAUGACUUUGCGUCCGAUGUGUUGAUAGACUACAAGUCACAACCUGGUAACAGUAGUAGCCCAAACGCUGUUAGUAGUGAAAGUGAUGUAUCCUUGAAUGGAACUUUGUAUUGUGUAUGUUUUCGUGAAGAGAUCGAUCCCUUGUGCUACCACAUUUGUAAAUUCGACUUUUCGAGCGAAAAAUGGAAAAAAAAUUGUAAUCUACCAUGUGGGAGACACCAUGUUGGGGAUGCUCUCGUCCUUGGGGCCUUUAAGGAAGAUAGGUUUUCGUUGCUAAACCAAUGCAUUGUCACAAAGAAGAUUGAGAUAUGGGUGACCGAGAACAAGAUUAACUAUGAGAAUGGUGGUGAUGUGGUUUGGAUGAAUUUCAUGACUUUGUCAAGUCCUAACUUGCCGGGUUUAGUCGACAACGUACACUACUCUCAGCCAAGUUAUUUCAUCGAGGGUAAGAGACUCGUGGUGUGCUUUGUCCUUCGUUACACGUGGCAGCGUCUGUAUGCUGCAGAGAGACUAAACAAUAGUGGACACUCUGAGAACGAUGUGCUGAAGGUGGCUCACAACAUCUACUUCUCUGACUAUAAGACGAAGUUUACAAUGGAGCAUUACUGGUGUUUGUUAAGGUUUGAGCAGAAAUGGCUGAACCUUCACGCUAUUAACAACCCAUCAACUUCAGUCAGAACAAAGAUGAAACCAGUUGCUGCAGCUUCACAAUCCGAGACAGCUUCAAAAUCCGAGGCAACCCACACUGAGAAAGACUUUGAGAAAAGGCCUCAAGGUGUCAAGGCUGCAAAGGCCAGUAGGAACAAUGGUCAAGGGAAGGCUCUUGCUGAGUACAAGAGAAUGUGGGAAGUAAAGAAGCUGGAUAUGGCUGAAAAGGAGAAGCUACAAAAGCUUGGCAUACUAGACACACUUCUUGCCAAACCAGAGCCACUUAGUGCAGUUGAUCAAGUUAUCAAGGAUAAGAUAGUGGCUCAGUAUUUCUGUGAUUGA